GAAAACGCUGCGAUUGCCACAUUGGGCAACGUUGUACCACAGCGUGUGCCAAACAUUUGGUGACGGUGCCCAGGCACCCCACGAGGCAAAGCAGGGCGUUGGUACAGACCACUCAUUGCAUUCCACUCAGCUCUCUCACUCUCUCUCUCUUGCCUUGACGUGUUCAAAGUUUAUGUCCGCGACCGAGCGAGUUGCAGAAGGAAAAACAAGCUAAAUAACUUCGCAAAACCUCACAGCCCGGUUGGCUUUGAGUGCUACUCUGGGGGAGAGCAAAGGACGGCAUGGCAGACCUGCCGACUUACAUUGGAGCGGAGCAGGUGCAGAGCGUGCUGCGCUAUGAUGCACUGGUGGCCCGUCUAGAGGUGGCGCUGGGCCGGUUCUCGCUGGGAGCAGCCGGUGGCGUGGUCCAGCCACUGCGAGCCAUCGUGCCUGUCAGCCCACAUUCGGGCUGUCUGCUGGUGAUGCCGGCCUACAGCGCCGGCGACGAGGCACUAGCCACAAAGCUCGUCACAUCUUACAGCGGCAACGCCGGGGGGCCCUUUCCCACCCACCAGGCCACAAUCCUGCUGCUCGACCCAGCCAACGGCUCCCUGCGUGCUAUCAUGGAUGGGAGAAUCAUUACGGAUAUGAGAACAGCCGCUGUGUCUGCCAUAGCUACCAAGUAUCUGUCGCCUCCUGAAUCCCGAAUCUUGUGCAUCUUGGGGGCUGGGGCUCAGGCUCACAGCCACUACCAAGUCCUCAUGCAGAUGUUUCACUUCGAUGAGGUGCGCGUGUGGAGCCGCACGUGGCAGAGUGCCGAGCGCUUCGCCGGCGCUGCCGGGGGCGCCGUGACACCGCACCGCUCCGCCGAGGAGGCGGCUCGAGGCGCCGACGUUAUCGUCACGGUCACCCUGGCGACGGACCCCGUUCUCCGCGGAGCCUGGGUCAAGCCCGGAGCACUGGUCAAUGUGGUGGGAGCGAACGGACCGACUUCGCGGGAGGUGGACGACGACCUGAUGAAGAGCGCCGUGAUUUACGUCGACUGCCGAGAGGCAGCGAGCCGGGAGUCUGGCGACAUCAUUCUCAGCGGGGCCAACAUUUUUGCCGAGCUGGGAGAAGUGAUUAAUGGCUCCAAACCCGCUCAUCGAGAGAAGACCACGGUGUUUAAAUCACAAGGGCUGGCAGUGGAGGAUGCUGUUGCAGCCAAGCUGGUGUACGACAGCCUGCAAUGAAGAAAAAUCUGUGAAUUACCAAUCAUAGUUACCAAUCAUCGGUGCCACUUACAUUUUGUGUCAUUCCCCUCGCUUAGUGUUCAACCGAAUCGGUCAUCGUGAGUUGCACUGCCCUUUGUAUCGAACUGCCGAUAACGUUUUGCUGUCGCCAACCUGACAGGUUAGACGUGAAAUGUUAUUGAUCAAGGGAGGAUGUCAAUAUGGAGCGAAUGUUUUUGAUCUUCAAAAGCGCCACGAAAGCCAGUUUGCUAGUCUUCCAUAACAACAAACUAUUUUAUUGACUUAAUCCGAUAAAAAAGUGGCUUUGUGUUUUACAGCCUACAGUCAAAACAAAGUGUCUCGCCAUUUAAAUGCACAGUCUAAUCCGAUUAAACCAAGACACCCAGGAGAUCCUAGAUUUGAAGCUUUCGUGACUGCAAGGAUUCAUACUCUUAGGUUUUUUCGGUAAAGUGACGUAGGUAAAAAUAAAUAAAUAAUAAAAGAUUUAUUAUUGCAAAUAAUAGAAGAAAUAAUAUAAAUAAAAUAAUAAAUCACCACGUUUCAGAGGCAACACAAGCUUCCGUCUUCAGGUGGAACCGUCACAGCACGAUUGCUGUAUCAAGUAACGUCGUGAUUUAUUAUUUUAUUUCUAUUAUUUCUUCUAUAAUUGUUAUUAUUUAUCUUUUAUUAUUCAUUUAUUUACUUUCACCUACGUGACAUUACCGAAAAAACCUCAGAGUAUGAACCCAGGAGAUCCUUUUUAUCUUUUCUACCUGCUACCAGAAUGCAAGUUUUGUUGUUGUUGCAAUGAACGGUCGCCACCUUGCCACGUGGGCUUUCCGGAGUUGUGUUGUCGUGUUCCCCGAUGACCUGCUGUCGGGUUGUACCCGUGUGUCGUUUGUCCGACGUUUCACUCAUCGCACCGGGAGCUUCAGUAUCGGCACGUGGAGCGAAACGUGAGGCAUCGAAGACGGCACACGGCACAACCCGUACACACACAUCAUGGGAGAGGUGGCACUUUAGUUUGAUUAUUUGAGUGAAGCAGCUAAGAGUAAAAAAAUGUUCCAAGUAUGUUUUUGUACAUACGUGGCACCUUACUGGUACAGAUCUGCCACUCAAAGUGCCAUCACAUUGAAAACCAACAGGACAUUAUGAAAAAAAAUCUGAACAAUGAGAAAUACAUUUUCUCUUUUUUUUGCUUAUGUUUUGUGCCCACAACGUGAACUGUUGUGAGCUAUACGAAGCCUUGGACUCAUGGUUGACUUUUGCAAACACUUCAGACAAAAAGGGCUGCCUAUAAAAUACAAUUUUACACGAUUAUUUUGAAAGUAUCUAUCGCAAAAUAUCAUUGGAAUUUGCAAUAAUCCGGUUGCACCUGUGAAAAUAUUGCGAAUAUAUUUUGUGUUUUCCCCCUGUAAUCAUAUUAAGUGAUCCUUUUAAUUAAUUUAGAAUACAGAAAGAUCUAAUGAAUACGGAAUUAAGACUAGCUUAUGUAAUGUGUAUCAUGGGGAACAAAUGUCUGUCUUCACAAGUUAGGGACUAAGAUUGUUUCAUUCGUGUUCUCUAACAAAAAAAAUAAUACAAUAAA